UCCACAAACUGUAACUUAUGGUCUUAUCUACAUGGACACACUCUGGCAGGACAGACAUGGACACUUCCUUUCAGGGACCAUCUUAGGUUUAGUUUCGGCAAAACAAAUCAAAAGAAAAGUGGUCACUGGUGGAUCCUUAAGCUUAGGUUGAUGGGGACCAGCACAGUCAGUCUUUAGCCCAACUAACCCACUGGCUCUUCUAUCUGCUAUCUGGAACACCUGCUUUGGUGUAGUAAGGCAUCAAUCAGGUGCCUGUUUGUGUGUCUGUGUGUCUGUUUGUCUGCGUGUCUGUGUGUUUGUAUAUCUUGUACAAUAUGCCCUGUAUAUCUUAUACAAAUGAGGGACAUCAGGUUCGCUGUCUCUUUCCUGUACCUGUCAGAGAGAGAGAGAGAGCGAGAGAAGGAGGCUGUAAGAGAGAGAGUGCGAGCAGGAGAGAGAUUCAUCUGUGGAGGCUGGGAUGGUCUCACCUAGUCAGGAGGGCAGAUCAAAGCAGUACACAUUUCAAAUACAAACAAACAGCUGAAGGACAUAUUGACUGGUGCUGAAGGAUAAAGGCAGGAGAAUUUACGAAAGAAUGCUCCAGAAGGCGAUGUAUGCAGUCCCGAUGCUGAGGGCAUCCGCCGCCCUGACGCUGGUGUUCCUUGUCGCGGCGCUCGCCCAAUGGGAGGGCGUGCCCUCUGACCCCUCCUCUGUGGCGGGGGGCGGGGAUGGGAGAGGGGACGGCAUGAGGGAGAUAGUGAGGAAGGAGAGACUCCCGUACCGCUCGCGGCAGAAGAGAGAGUGGAUCUGGAACUCCUACUACGUGACAGAGGAGUCGGAGAUGAUAAGCCCCAAAAAGAUAGGAAAGCUCAGGUCCAGCAAGAUGGCAGACGGGACGACAUUCAAGCUCAGGGGCGACGGUGCCAACUCCAUCUUCACAGUGAACAGGAACGGAGACCUGUUUGUGAUCAAGACCCUGGACAGGGAGGAGAAGAGCAUGUACAACCUGACUGCCCUGCUGUACGACGGGAGAGACCAACUGGUGGAGGACGCGGGGGAGUUUGUGGUCCACGUCAACGACAUCAACGACCACAUCCCCGUCUUCCCCAGGACCUACAACGGGUCCAUCCUGGAGCGCUCGGGGAUAGGGGCUAAGGUGGUUCAGGUGACGGCCACGGAUGCUGACGACCCCAGCACGGUGCACGCUGAGCUGCGCUACUCCCUCCGGCCCGAGGGCGAGCGCUCUGCCUUUGAGAUCAACAUCAUCACAGGUAUGAUCACUUCCAGGGUGGACACGUUGGACCGGGAGGACAAGAGCCAGUAUGUACUGGUGGUCCAGGCAAAGGACAUGAGGGGCAUGACAACGGGAACCACAGCAACGACCUCGGUCACCGUCACCAUCACCGAUAUCAACGACAACAUGGCCUCUUUCACCCAGGACACAUACGAUCUCAGCGUGCCGGAGAACCAGAGGCUGGAGGAGAAGAUCGGGACUCUGACUCUGAACGACCGGGAUGAGAUCCAGAACAAAGAGCCUGUGUUCACCAUCCAGCCGAACCUUAGCAGCCAGUUUGCCCUCUCCCGCAGCCCGCAGAAGGACGGCCACCUUAUGCUCAAAAAGGUCUUAGACUACGAGACCAAGAGCAGUUACAGCUUCAUUGUGGAUGUGCACGAGAACAGCCUGCAGUUCCCCGCUGACAACAAGGACGUCUCCAUCACCAAGGCCAGGGUGAACAUCAGGGUGCUGGAUGUGGAUGAACCGCCCGUCUUCUCAAAAACCAGCUAUGCAUUCAGUGUGAUGGAGGAAGAAAUGGCAACCAACAUCGGCAUCGUCCGUGCCACAGACCCCGACCAAGCCAAAAAGGCCAUUCGGUACUCUGUGGAAGACAAGGAGUGUCCUGUUGGUGUGAACCCUGUCACCGGCCAACUGUUCAUUUUGAGGAAGCUUGACCGAGAGCUGAGGAAGACACACAUCUUCCAAGUCAGAGCCCAGGAAGAGCCAAGUGGGCUGCACUCCUUGGUCAGAGUCAACAUCUCUGUUCAGGAUUUGAACGACAACGCUCCAGAGCUGGUCUGGGACGACAUCUUUGUUUGUGAGAACGACAUGGCGGGAACGGUAAUCGGGAGGUUAAGUGCCACUGACAGGGAUGAGCAGGUUGCCUAUUUCCACUACUCUCUGGUCAAUCCCAGUGACAACUUCACCAUCACAAAGAACGCCUCAGAAAACACCGCAGUGAUCCUGGUGAGACAGGGCACCUUCCGCCUGGACGACCCCAGAGACUACACCCUGGGGGUCCGCGUGGACGACGGAGGGCGACCGCCGAGGAGCAGCGUCAUGCACGUGCCCAUCAAGGUGUGCCGCUGUGAUUCCCGGAGGAUACACACCCAGUGUAAAGCUGCUGCUCUGCGGAUGGGAGUCAGCAUCCAUGCUCUCAUUGCCAUUCUGGUCUGCAUCCUCACCAUCCUGGUCAUAGUUAUCCUGGUGGUGAUGAGGAGGCGUUUCCAGAAGGAGUCUCUGGCCAGCAUGAAGCACAGCGGGGAGAUCCAUGAGCAGCUGGUCACCUAUGAUGAGGAGGGCGGAGGGGAGAUGGACACCAAUGGCUACGACGUGUCCAUCCUGACGUCCGCCCGCCACGACGGCUCCCUGCUGCUCCACCCGGACCACGGGAUCCACCCCUCCCUUUACGCCCGGGUGCAGAAGCAGCCCUGUGGACAGCUCCACCAGCAGCACCACCCACUGCUGCCGCCCCACCUCCUCCCCCCCCUCCAGCCUCCGGCCGCCUGCAAGGGCGACAUGGCUGUGAUGAUCGAGGCCAAGAAGGACGAGGCAGAUGCGGACCGCGAGGCUGUGCCCUAUGACACGCUGCACAUCUACGGCUACGAGGGCGGCCCCGGAUCGCUGGCCGGCAGCCUGAGCUCCUUGGAGAGCUCCUGCUCCUCCGCCGGCUCCGGGGGCCCCGAGUACGACUUCCUCAGCGACUGGGGGCCGCGCUUCAGGACCCUGGCUGAGCUGUACGGCGUGGACGAGCUUGAGGCCUACCUCCCCUACUGAGGGGGGCGCAGGAUACCCGCCCUCGUCCUCGGAUGAACCUUGAUGUCGAAACACACACACACACACACCACAUAGCUAUUAACACUCAAACACUCAAAAGAAACUCAGUAACUCUAAAAUCUCUAUCAAAACACACACACACACAUAGCAUGUCUGACGCUUGGUUGCACAGAAGCAUAGUAGCCAUAUUUGAUGGUAUUAUUCUUUAAUCUCUCCCUUUGUCAUAGGGAGGAGGUGGUAAGAGCUAUCGGCUAACACUGCCUAUAAAUAGUGUUCCAGCUUCUGAGAAAUGAAGGAGAGUCCGUGUGAUGCAGACGGAUUUGUUCUUUCCACUGUAGAUACUCAUGCUCUUAGUGUGUGUAGGCUCCCCAAAGCCACCAUAAACCAGUGUCACCACAGCCCAACCAGCGAUACACAAGAGAUUAGGCUAUUAGAACAUCUUUGCCUCCCCUUUCGAUGAAAUGCCAACCUGUGUAAAUCUCGAUGAAAUGGAAAGAGGUUGCAGUGGUAUGACAUCAUCGAGGAACUGGAGCAAGACUCACACUUUUGUCCAUCACAGUCCAUCCUUCUGUAAGGUCUUUCCCCCUCUUCCGUGGGCCAUAACAAUCUAUUGUCUGCUUGGAGGUUGCCAUCGGGUGUGAGCCCUGAAGUCCAAGCUCUCCAUUUCCUCUGAUUCCGUUGUGUCCUCAGCAGGUGAGUAGAGCUGCUGUAGAGAGCAUAAAACACAGAACAAAAUCAACCGCUUAGAAGUGUUGCCUUCCUCUAGGUUUUAUGGAGUUUGAUACUACAGAUACACUCUACACAUCCACAGCUAAGCUGUCUUGUGCCAUAUCCGAACUUGAGGUUGACUAUGAUAUUGUAUGGAAAUAUAUUAUUAAGUAUUAUUGCAAUUGAAAAUAUUGGCAGUAAUCAAACGGGUUUUGUUUGGUUGCUACUUGUUUUCUUAGUUAUUCGGUUUCUGACUUCCUCCUUUUCUUCGUGAAUGUGAGAGGUGGAGUGGAAGGGUUUUGCUUGAAAAAGAACUGUGCUAGCGGGUUGUCAAAACAAAGACACUUGAGCUAUUUUGAUCGCAUCACGUUGAAAUUAAUUUUUACAACGAACAAAAACUUGUCAUGUCAAAUGAACUACAAUCGGAGCACAGGCUUAGCUUUGUGGACAGACAGACAGGGAAGCAGUGUGUUACACACUGCACACACAUGCACACUGCCGAGACAAGCAGACGGACGGGAGCGAUGAAAGCUGGAUUCUGUCAGGCCCAUGAGAAAAGUCAUUAAGACAAGUCAGGAAGCCCGGCUUCAGAAAAAAAAGCUUUUUGGGAUGUUGUGGUUGCCCCGAGGUCCGGGAGGGCUCUGUACAGCUCUGAGGUGGUGUGGAUAUGCCUAACCUUGCAUCCUUUCUGCUACUGUCGCUGAAACAUCUGUCAGCAUGUGAUGGGCUGUAGUGAGUCCUGGAGCCAAGAACUAAUGACCAAACUUAAUGCUGAUGAUCAUCAUGUAGUUGGAUUGAGUUUAGGUUCAUUUAGUUUAGUUCCUUUGACUUUUCCAUAUUUAGUUUUGUUUACCUUCCUUUACCUUGGCAAGUAUGUCAAAAUAGUCCAAAUAGUCAUAAUACUCUUACAAUUCUAUGCCUUGAGGGUUUUUUGUGCUCGGCCUGAAAUGUCAAAAGAUUUGUCAACAAAUGAGCCGAAAGUAUGGCACACUUCUUUUUUCAUUCAUUGUUCAAAGUUUGGAAAAUGUGGUUAGAGCUUCUUUUGUUUUUGUUCUGCUGUUGGACUCAACUGUGUUUUUUGAAACACUGGAAUGACGUUUGAUUACCGGUGGAGACAAUAGCUGGAAACCAUAUUUUUUUCUCCUGUUGGCUACAUAUACAACCCACCAACACUAACACACACACACAUGUGCAUGAACACUCAGGCACACACGGCCUCACACAAACACACACACAUAAUGCAAAAACACACAAUCUCCCUCUCUCUCUCUCUCUCUCUCUCUCUCUCUCUCUCUCUCUCUCUCUCUCUCUCUCUCUCCCACUCUUUUACUCUUUUCCCUCUCUUCCUCAUACACCCUGUCUCACACACCUCGUCUCUCCCCUCUCUUCCUCAUACACCCUGUCUCACACACUGUGUCUCUCCCCUCUCUUCUGCCUCCCUCUAAUCAACUAAAGCAAACAACUUAAACCACUUCCUGUCCAUCUGGAGGUUGGACCCACCUCUUCCUGUCUCCAUUAUCACUCCUGUGAGCAAACAACACAUUGUGCUCACUUCCUCUCGACUUGGCUUGGGAAACAACAUUUAGAGAGAGAGAGGGGGGGAGGAAGAGAGAGAGAGAGAGAGAGAGGCAGGGAGAGAGGGAGGGAGGGAGAGGGAGACAGCGAUAGAGAGAGAGAGUUAUCAAUAUUGACUUGAAAUGAUUUUAAAAUCUACCGAAACUAAGAGACAUUGGACAAAAUCUUGGCGUCAGGAAUCAGCGGAAAAUAAUGGGUGCCAUUGAGGAUGGAUGCCUCCACCGGUUUCAUCACACCAAGCAAUACAGAUAACUGGUAUUCAAACUUGCACCUUUGGUGAUUGUUUGGAAGAGAGGAAUUUAUCACAACCUAUUGAAUCUUAGGGUAUUUAAUUUUUUGAUAUUUUUUUCAUGUCAAAGGCUUCUGGAAUCCUGGUUUCUGCUGAUAGGUGAUUUUGGGUUAGUUAUGAUAUUUUAAUAUUGGUUCAGCUUUGUUAUAAAAACAGUAAAUGUCUACUCGUGGGUCUUUUCCUGGAUCAACAGUGGAGGGGUGGAGAGCAGAGGGAGGGAGGCUUGAUUGGACCAAUGACAUCAUCUCACAGUGACAUCACUCUUUCCAUUUCAUACCGGCCUCAUCGUGUAUUUUGAACUGCAUUGAGACGGUAUUCUGAUCAUAUGGAACUUUUUUUUUCUGAUCAUAUGGAGUGGUUGAGAAUUGUUGCCAAUGUUUCGAUCCCAAUUUUCUUUAUGAAAUAUACUUGAAUAUUUUUAUAUUGUAAAAUGUGUAAACUUUAUUUCUAUUUUGAAAUCUAAAAAAAAUGGAGAAGAAAAAUCCCCAAAAUCUCUUUUUGUACCAUGAACAUUCAAAUGUGCCAUCAUUGUUGCAUAAUAUGUAUUGACUUUCUGAGAUUUCCUCUGUUUAAAUUAUGUUAAGUUGAGUUUUGUUUUCAAUUGUUUUUUACCAUCCUUUUAUUCAAGCUCUUUAACCCAUUGGCUUGAUUAUAUUAACAAUUGCGACUGAACACUGACAUUUUUGAAGUUAUUUGAUAUAUGAAAUCUCUCUAAUUCUCUACUAAGUUAUUACAAUUAUAAUUUGUUGCCUAAUGGUUUGAAAUGCAAUAUGAUUACAUGUUCAUGCAUGAAACAAACAUAUACCUCUCUCAAUAUCGUAAUCUUCCUGUAUCAUCUCCCAUACAGUAAAUGUGGUAUCAGUGCUUUCAGAAUGCCAGUAGAAACCAUCUUGCAUAAAAAACGAUGAGCUACUUUCCUGCUUUCUAAGGUGCCUAUUGCAGCAUGAGCAGAAAUGAUGCAACCUAAUGCAAAAUAAGGCCAAGGUUCAAUCUUUUGCGCCUGUGACUGCAAAGGACAGAAGAGAGCUGAGGUUUCACCAGACAUUGACGUGCAUCUAAUUGUCAUCCCUCAGCACACUGCCAGACCAUUAACCCCUAACCAGAGACUCAAUUGAUGUACUCAUUCUACCCAGUGUUGUGGUGUCACUUCGAGACACACAGUACUACGGACCCAUGAAGCAACUAUUAGCUGUAGAUGAUGAAAUGUUGUAUGUGUGUGUGUGUGUGUGUGUGUGUGUGUGUGUGUGUGUGUGUUAUUGUGCGUGUGUGUGUGUGUGUGUGUGUGUGUGUGUGUGUGUGUGUGUGUGUGUGUGUGUGUGUGUGUGUGAAUAUACAGAUACAUACAUCAAUAUAUUCCAUGUGACCAAGAGGACUUUGUGAGUGAUAGAUAUUGGUUGUCAAACACCAUAUCAAGAUGAAAAUGUGCCUCAUGGAAUAUUGAUUCUGGCUUCAACUUUUGUUUGUGAGUAGAAGAAGUAAUCAUUAUUAUGUAAUGUUGGAUAAUGAAUUCAACAUUUUCAAUUUACAUUUAGGGCAUUUAGCAGAUGCUUUUAUCCAAAGGGACUUACAAUAUGUACAUUUGUCAGCAUCCAAAGCGACUUACAUAAAAAAAUAUUAAUCUUGAUAUAUGUUAAGGUAAUAAGGUAAGGAAAGGUUGAAACACUUAGAAAUUUCAUUUAAAACCAAGAAAGUUGAGAGAAAUAUGGUGUUUAAAUAGCGUUUCCAGUAGAAUGUAUGAUUCCCUGUUCUCUGUAUAUUUGUGUGUGUGGUGUGGUGUCUGUUUGUAUUAACCAUAAUUUGUACACACCCAACAGGUUUCACUGCAGCACCCAAUUAGCCCAAACACCAAGCCAAUCUUUUUUUAUUCCCAAUGUACAGUAUGAAAGCAUAUUUAAGAAAUGCAACACGUGCCUUUAUUGUUGUUAUAAAAUACUGUUUGUCCUUUUUAUUGGGUGAACACAAUGUUUUCUAUCUUGUUUUUAUGGUGCAUAAAUACUUUCUAUUAACAGAAUUUAUUUGUAUGUGUACAAUAAACAUUAUCUCCCUAAUAGUAUUUCACUGUUGUCGUUGCCAUACUGCCAAAUUUCUAUUAAAAAUAGCCAAAGUGGA